CAUGGAUCUAUAAAUAUAUUUAUAAAAUAAUCAUAUAAUAAUGUAUUAGGAUAGGAGGAGAAAAUGUACUAUUCUGUUAAGUUGAUUGAGAAUGGUAAAUUCCAUUUCCUUCUGGUGAGAUAAUCCCAAAUUUCUACUCUGAACCCCAAACGCAGAAGCCGGCGAGGCGGCGAGCCGGAGAAGGAUGAAUCCGCCGGAGCUGAUGGACGACCUCGUCGACGAGAUCCUCCUCCGCCUCCCCCCCGACGAGCCCGCCUGCCUCGCCCGCGCCUCCGCCGUCUGCAAGCGCUGGCGCCGCCUCCUCUCCGACCGGGCCUUCCUCCUCCGCCGCCGACGCCGCGCGCCGCCUCCCCUGCUGGGUUUCCUCCACAACCUCGACAACGCCGACCACCCCGACCGCUUCGUCCCCACCACCGCCCUCCCGAUCCCCCCGCCGCCACCCGAGCUCCACUGCGGGAUGGCCCUCGACUGCCGCCAUGGCUGCGCCCUCCUCGACGCCUACCCCUCCAGGAUCGACCUCGUCGUGUGGCACCCCAUGACGGGCCACCUGCUGCGGCGGCUUCCCCGCCCCGACGUCCCGUACCUCUUGUACUACAACGCCGCGGUGCUCUGCGCCGCCGCCGCCGCCGGCUGCGACCACCUCGACUGCCACGAGGGCCCCUUCCGCGUCGUCGUGGUGGGCACCGAGGAGGACAACGAGGCGUGGGCGACCGUGUACUCGUCGGAGUCCGACGAGUGGAGCCCACCGACCUCCGCUCGCCUCGCCCGAGGACCCGAGUUCUGCGUCGAGGGCAAGCCCGCCACCCUCAUCGGAGAUUCGCUCUACUUCGCCCUCGUGUUUGGUAUCGGAGUCGUCAAGUUCGACAUGAAGCGCCAUCGCCUCUCCCUCAUCGAUCCGCCGGCUGAGCUCGACGAUGGCUUCGUGCUCAUGCCGCUGGACAACGAUGGCGUGCUUGGGCUCGCGGCCGUGGAGGAUCACAGCCUCCUCUCUGUGUGGUCAAUGGAUGUGAGCCUGGAUCAUGGACAUGGUGUGGCAAAUUGGGAGAAGUGCAGGGUCAUUGAGCUAGACAGUCUGCUACCAAAUCUUGAUCACUCUACCCCAGUGCUACCAAUUGGAUUUGUGGAGGGUGCCAAUAUCAUCUUCCUGAGAACAGAUGCGGGUGUCUUCACACUUGAGCUCAGAUCAAUGCGUGUCACCAAGGUGUGCAAGAAUGGGUUCUUCUACGCUGUCGUGCCGUACACGAGCUUCUACAUUCCUGGUGUCCAUCUCCAGCAGCAGCACAGCGGACCUCAGAUCAGUAAUGGCCGGGCAUGGGGAUCGCAGGCUGCUAACAUGAGGCGUGGCAGCAGUGAGCAGCCGAGAGAGCGUGCUCCACUGCAUCAGCAGCGACGGGCAGGACGGCCGGUGAACAGCCAACGUCCUACUGGUGAUAUGGUCCGUUCUUCAGGCCGUGCUAGCAGAUUGGCAUCUCAAGUGCGGCCUCCAUGGAGACCCUAAUGAUUCGCAAGGUGGCAAUAGCUGACAAUAAUGUUUAAUCUAUCGUGCAAUUUACAGGUGGUAUAUUGCUAAUCGUCGGUUUUAGUCAUUUGUGCGAUCAAGAAGAAUAUCUUAUGGUUUUGAAUGCAUUGUCAGUACAGAAUAUCUAAACAUGGAAAGAGCAGAUUAACUGAGAGGAGUGAGAGCUCUAUCUCGUAUCCGCUAACUGAAUUUCCAGUUAUAACAUCCAAUUUGUUUAUGGGCUUUCCCAUUGUCAUACUGCAAGUCUGGUGAAUGUUUAUUUCAAGCAUUGCACACACUUUUCUUUCUUGACUAAAAA